ACACUCAAAUUUUCUUCCAUGGAUGUUGUAAUUCAACAAACAAAAACUGUGCUUUGUUAUGUGUUAAAAAUAUACAAAUUCGUAUUUUAUUUAAGUUAGUGAUUAAGUAAAAUGGCAGAUUUUGAUGCAAUUUACCCGGAUGAGACUGAAAGUGAGGAGAAUAUAGAGGCGACUCAUGUGACAUUAGUGCCUGAUCCUAUAAUAGUACGGGGAGCUGGUAACAUGACAGUGUUUGGUUUAAGUAAUCGAUUUAAUGGGGAGUUCCCAUCGGGCCUGCAAUCCCGUGUGGCCCCCGAGGAGUACCAGGCAACAGUGGCACGCAUCAACAGCGUACUGAAGAAAACACUGCCAGUUAAUGUUAAGUGGCUGUUCUGCGGUUGUGUCUGUUGUUGCUGUACUCUUGGAUGCUCUCUUUGGCCAGUCAUAUGUCUUAGUAAAAGGACACAACAUUCGCUGAACAAGCUGUUGGAGUGGGAGAACAGCCGGCUCUACAGCAAGCUGGGGCUGCGCUGGCGGCUCACCAAGCAGCACUGCGACUCCUCCUCCAUGAUGGAGUAUGUGCUGCUCAUCGAAUUCAUCCCUAGAAUACCUAUCUAUAGGCCCGACUAGAAUCUUAUCUUGUUCCUUGUAAAUACCAUAACCUAUAAGUCAUUUCAUCAAUCGAUAACUCACAUCUUAGCAAAUCGAACAUUGAAUUUUAAAUUCACAUGGCCAAGCCGACGAAUGUGUUAGCUGCUGUUCUAUUAUCAUAUUAGGCACCUGCUUAGAGGGGAGUUGCAUAUAUGUUUAAAAUAUUAACUUUUUAACGGAUUGUGCUAUAUCAAUAGAAUGUUUGACGGUAGAGUGCUUGUGGCGUUCAGUUUCGGAAGCUGACCUAAUUUGGUGUAAUGGUGUCCUUCCCUAAUGCUAAAUCUUUCCGCGUUAAAUGAGCUAUUAAAUGUUACGCUUACAUACGUGCGGAUGUAGUCUUACCGUGAAACGGCCAUAAAUAUAUCUAUAAACAAGAUCUGUUCUAACAUUUGAUGCUGUUGCUGUAAGACGUAAGACUUAUAGACCGCGGGCCAGGAGCAUAUAUCAGAAGCAUAUAGGAGCAGUCAUCGCCUCCCGGCUGAUACUUUGUCAGAUGAUAGUUUAGAUGCCAUCAUGAAUUAAAAAAAUGUUGAGGCCACCAGCUGACGUUCUUUCCACCGCGAUACAACUGGCUGGCGAUAUUUUUUAUUCACAAUAGCAUCUAAACUAUCAUCUGACAAAGUAUCAAACGGGAGGCGAUGACUAAUUUUUUUUAUGAGUUUCGGUGGCUGCCAUUCCUCAACCCACCAACAGAGCGGCAGCUCACGUCCACGAGGGUUCAACAUACAUAGCCGUUAACCACGAUACGAGUUAUCGCCCGGGAUUCGGGAGGCGAUUGGUCAUGGAAAUCUGUUCCUGGCUCGCGGUCUAUUACGAUGUUAAUUAAUAUUUGAUUAAACCUUGACAACGUUUAAAUAAAGUCAAGUUAUGGUUUUUUUAAUGUAGUUGUCACAUCAUGAAAAUUGCAAGCUUCCAUUUGUUAAAUAUAAACGCUGUUAACUUAAUGUGUAUUUAUCUUUAAGAUGACUGUUCUGAUAGUUGUUGAGGCGUUGAAAAAUAGGUUAACGAAACGGUAAUGAACAGAAAACAAUAAAUAGAAUGUUUAUUUUGGCUUUAUACUUAACAAAAUAUGAGGUUUCGGUUCGAUUUCAUUUUCGUCUUAUAACAAGAUGAAAAAUUGUAGUUCUGAGUGUGGCAGUAAUUUUUGAAAUAUACGUAUAUAAACUCUAAAGGAGAAUUUGGUUAUUCCCACUAGUUACAACCAAGUUGUUGCCAGUUGUUACCAACAACUGAGAAUAUUUUUCUCACCUUGUCUCCAAAUGUCUCAGUUGUCCUCAGUGGUAACAACUAAUUCCCACUUAUUCCCACCAAACUGAAUUUGUGGUAACUACUAGCUGGCUUUUUUUCACACUUGCUAGGUACCACAGCUAAUAACUUGGUGUGUUCAACCGAGAAGUUGUACAGUGUCUAAAAAAUCUAGCUGCAUUGAAUCUGAAUGUACCUAAUGUUUACAAUUACGUAAUUUAGCUUUCGCAAAAGCAUUUGCUUGCAGUGUUCUUUUUGCUUCAAUUCUUCACUGACAUUUUACGAUAUCUUCCACUUUUAUAUCUGUAAACUUUUAUUUGUCUUUAUUUUAUAUUUACUCUGCCUACAUAAAUAUUUUUAAGGCUUUUAUUGUAAAAAGACCAAGAGUUUUAUAUUUUUAUUUUGUACCUGAAAAUGUUAUCUAUAUAUGUGAGAGAAGCUUGAGAGUGCUUAUAGCGAGAAGAGAUGUAUGUAAUUUUGCGAAAUCGGAAAAUUUAUACUAGGCAAUGUUCGGGACUGUGUUAUUAGAUACUUAGAAAAUAUGUAGUACGUAUUCUACAUUAGAAAAAAUCCCGCCCUCUUUUCCCUUUUCAACAUGUUGUGAAUGAGGAUUCGUUUUGUGUGUAUCGGUACAUCUCAUCGUUGUAAUAUAUAGUUGGUCAAGCAAAUCUUGUCAGUAAAUAAGAACAAAAAAAACUAUACUCAUCCUUUUCUUUUGGGUGUUAGUACUAGUAUAAGACAAGUAUAGUAUGAUUCUCUCUGUCUAUGUUUGAAAUGAGACAGUCCUUUGGCAAACUAUACAUUAACCCGUAGGUUUAAACGGCGUAUUUUGUUUCUCGAAACGCAAGUUAGACGGAAGUCGGGUGUCGUCUUGCCACCAAAUCGUUUUGCGAUGUUUAUUAUAAAGCAACGGUUGAAAAGCGAACAGGGUAUGUUGACACUAAGUUGUAAUUAAGGAAUUGUAAAUAUUUUUAAGCAUAGAUUAUUUUUGUUCAUAUAAUAAACCUCACUGUACGUGAUGAAA